AUGUCGCCAGAAAAUAUCAUUAUCGACUUUAGUACAGAUGGUGCUAAAGUGGAUAAAGGCCUGGAUCAAUUCUGGCCACAUCAAUAUAGAAUAUUAAAUAUUUCAGACAAAAGACCUAUAAUAGCAGGCAUAUUCCAAGGGAGACACAAACCAACCAACCCCUUUGAAUUUUAUAAACAAUUUGUUCAAGAAAUUACACAAGUACAUGAAGAAGGUGAAAUUUUAAUAAGGAAUCCACGACUUCCUUUGAUAUUACGAUACUUCAUUGCCGAUGCACCUGCGAGGGGAUUCGUUUUAAAUCACUAUGGCCAUACCGCAGCACAUGCCUGUUCUAAGUGUAAAGUAGAAGGUCACCGAUGUACAGUUGCGGGCGUUGCCGGGGCAAUGGUCUUCCCAGGCAUCAGACAUGAACUUAGAACAGACGAUGAUUACGAGAACGUCAUCGAUGAAGAUCAUCACAAAGGCAGAAGUCCUUUAUCACCUCUGGUGGGAUUGGUUACACGUGUUCCAUUUGAAGCUAUGCAUUCUGUUUGGUUGGGAAAUGUUAAAAAAAGUCGUUUCUGCACAUGUGGAAGGAAAAUUUGGAUUUCAAAGGUUGAAUUGGAGGAAACUAGAGAUUUUGAAUUCAAGAAUGAUUGUGCUUCAGUCCUACUGCCCAUCAGAAUUUAA